AUGGGGGCAAGCAGACAGGCAAGAGUGACCGAGACCAGAGAUCGAGACCAGAGAUCGAGACCAGAGUUCGAGACCAGAGUUCGAGACCAGAGAUCGAGACCGAGUUCGAGACCAGAGAUCGAGACCAGAGAUCGAGACCGAGUUCGAGACCAGAGAUCGAGACCAGAGUUCGAGACCAGAGAUCGAGACCAGAGAUCGAGACCAGAGUUCGAAACAGGGAGAGAGACGGCUACAGCAACUUUCGGCGAGCAAACAAACCGCGGCCGCCACUUCGCAGGAACGACAGAUUCCCCCGAAGAUGAGCAGAAAUCAAAUCAAGGUUGCCGGAAUACCCACACCGUAUUAAUUUCAUGUCCAGUACACGUAACAGUGGUAUCCGACAGCAUCAGAGUGGCGGUCGGUGGUACUUUUGCCCUCAAGGAGGAAGACAGUGCGGCUCUGGCACGACGGCCCAGGGAUAAUGAUCACCAUUCGAGGCAAGAGCUCACCUCACUUCUCCGCAGCUCACCUCACUCCUACGAAGCUCACCUCACUCCUACGACGCUCACCUCACUCCUACGACGCUCACCUCACUCCUACGACGCUCACCUCACUCCUACGAAGCUCACCUCACUCUAA